AUGAGGGUAAACAAGCAACUGCGCCGUCCCAAAGACAAAAAACUCUACACAUUUUACGAUGGCCCGCCAUUCAAGGUCGGCUUGCCUCAUUACGACCACUUGCUUGUUUCUACCGCGAAAGACAUCAUUCCAAGAUAUUGGUCGAUGGAGGGCUACUAUGCCGGGAGGAGGUUCCUGGUCCCGUUUCUGCUCCUCCUCCACUUCCUCCUCAGCGCCAUUAUCGUCAUCAUCCAAGUCAUGAACCUCGGCUGCAGUGGGCCCAUGGUCGUCUUCGUCUUCCUACACUUUGCGUUUCUACUGACUUGGACUCUGACAAAUGGGGCCUACAAGGAUUCCAAGGUGAAGAGUCCACGGGUCGUGCACGUUACGGACCACGCCGAUGCUGUCAACGGCGGCCUGGAACUGCGGGUUCUUGUCCUGGGAAAAACAGGUGUCGUCCAGCGCAUGGUUAAUGACGUCGAAGAUCAGCAUGGCGGUGCUGGAAAAGCAAGAUUCCUUGGAAAGUCUCAGGGUUACCUACUCCCGUGCCAGCCUCCUCAGCGCUAUCAUGCAUCGUCACGAGGCUCGGCGUCGGGUCAAAUGUGCUAUCCAGCAUUCGACGUACGUCUGCACUCCGCGGUCAACGAUUCAUGGAUAUGUUCUACCGCCAAAUUUGCGUACCACAGUUGGGAAAAUCAAAGGGAGGCAGGAAGUCAGAGCGUGCCCAUGCGUGCCUCUGCUUCACCAUAUGACGACAAAAUCUCCUCCGACGAUGAUGACGACGACGACGAGAAACGCCGUCUCCCUGGUCCGAGCUUCUUCCCCGACACAAGUGUGGACGGCCUACACGAAGCCAUGGGACUGACCACGCCGCCGAGGACAACAGCUUCACAAAAUUGA